CACAUCUGGAAGCAGUUUAACUUAUGUAGCUCUCUCAUUCCAGCAGGCCGAAGUCUGGAUUCUGUACAGUUCCAUAAUCACGGAGAAAGGAAAGGAAAAAGGUAAUUUCCAAGUAAAACACCAAAGAUAUUUUUUAAAAAACAAUUCUGCCUCAAAUUAGUUUUGAAGAAACUAAAAAGGAUUUUGAAGUAUCUCGCAUGUAGGAUUUCAAGUGGGAAUCCCAGGAGAAAAAUGGUUCUGACAUGAAUGUUUAUUACACUGAAUCAGCCAGCUAUCCACAGCAACUGCUUGCUUGAAGUUAUUUUUCUGGAGAGAAAAAAUCCACAAUUGCUCUGCUGUUGCCUUAAAAGGUUGCAACCAAAUGAAAGGGCCAUAUGGCUUUAUUACGAAAAAUUAAUCAGAUCCUACUAUUCCUUCUUGUUUUGACUCUCUGUGUUAUUCUGUAUAAUAAAGUUCAAAAGAUGCCAUCUGCUAUUCUGAAUAAUGAAUCCAUUGACUUGGAGAUUGUAGAGGAGAUGGAAGAAGAAAUUCCAGUUGUGCUAUGUGCUCCUGCAGGUAGAAUGGGUGCAACAAUAGCUGCAAUCAACAGCAUUUAUACCAACACAGAUUCAAAUGUCUUGUUCUACAUAGUUGGGCUAAAGAGCAGCAUUCCACAUAUCAGGCAGUGGAUUGAAAACUCUAAAUUAAAAGAUAUCAAGUUUAAAAUUGUGGAAUUCAAUCCUAUGGUGCUUAAAGGGAAAAUCAGACCAGAUGCAACACGUCCUGAAUUACUUCAGCCUCUAAACUUCGUUCGAUUUUACCUCCCUCUACUUACCCAUGAACAUGAAAAAGUGAUUUACCUUGAUGAUGAUGUGAUUGUACAAGGAGACAUUCAAGAUCUAUAUGAUACGAAGUUAACCCGAGGACAUGCUGCAGCUUUUUCAGAUGACUGUGAUCUACCUUCAACUCAUGAAAUGGUUAGAAGUGUAGGAAUGCAGAACACUUAUAUGGGCUUCCUGGAUUAUCGAAAGGAAACAAUCCGAGAUCUGGGUAUAAGUCCCAGCACCUGCACGUUUAAUCCAGGUGUCAUUGUGGCCAACAUGACAGAAUGGAAGCAUCAACGCAUCACGAAGCAGUUAGAAAAAUGGAUGCAGAAAAAUGUAGCAGAAAAUCUAUAUAGCAGCACUCUUGCAGGAGGUGUGGCCACUUCUCCAAUGCUCAUUGUUUUCCAUGGAAGAUAUACAACUAUUAAUCCUUUGUGGCAUAUUCGACAUUUAGGCUGGAGUCCUGAUGCUAGAUACUCAGAUCAUUUUCUUCAGGAGGCCAAGUUGCUUCAUUGGAAUGGGAGAUAUAAGCCUUGGGGCUACCCUAGUGGACACAUUGACUUUUGGGAAAAGUGGUUUGUUCCUGACCCUUCCGGAACUUUUAAACUGAUUCGUCCUAACAACUAAUUAUGCCAAGACAUCGGGAACAGUUUUCAGCAUGAUCAUGGUUGUAUGUGGGAUUUACCUCUUAUAGUGAACAUGGCUCUACUGUAUAAGAUUGUAAUUGAAUCCUAUGAUAUAGAAGCGGCAAAAUGAAACUUUACCACAAGUGCAAUGAGGCCACAAAAUAUGCACACUAUUAUCUUUUUAGCAGGAGCUGAAACUGAAACAUUGUUUCAGGGGAAACAAUCUUUAUACCACCAAGGUCUCUAUUUAAAUAAUUCUGUAAAUAAGAAGUUACCAAAAUAGUUUGUAAUACUUCUGAAUAUUUUUUUUGCCAUAAGUGCAUCUUUUAUAUAUAAAAUUAAGCUAAAUAAAAUUAAGCAUCCAUUAUUUUAUUUCAAAUAAUUUAAAAUUGCUUUGUUGUAACAACACCAAUACAAUUAAUCAUUGACUUUUAAACAAUGUUACAAUAAAGCACCAGAAAAUAUUAUAAGAAUUUGUUCUUGGUUUUUUUUGCACAAAAAAAGGCAGGUCAGACAUAUUAAAUACAUUUUAAAGCACCAUAUUCUAGAACUGAUGUGCAUUCACAUCUCAUUAACCUGGAUGUUUCUUUCAAAACAAGUCAUCCCCUUUUCACAUCAUAAUAGUGAACUUUGCAUGAUCGGCAGCAAGAUAAUUCUCUGUUUUAAAAAAGUGUUCCAGAUCCCUGAUGCAAGGCACUUCAAGCACUUGCAAAAAAGUAUCCAUGUAAACAGUGACACAUAAGUGUGCAAUCUUAAGCACACUUACUAGGAAGUAAACCUUGUUGAAUAUCGUGGAGCUCAAUUUGAAUAAACAUGCAUAAGAUUGUGCUGCAAAUGAAUUUACUAGAUUAUUGACAUGGAGUUUCCACAGAGACUAACCAACAUGAUUAGAACUAGAUACACAUCUUAAUAUUAAAAAGAAUUGGCUUGGAGGAUUAAAUGUACAUUAUUUUAUGGCAGGUCAUAAAUAUGCUCAUCUUUUAAUGAGCAAGAAAUCAAAACACUCUGGAAAAAUUCCAAAGUGACUAGCAAGCUAUGGUUUGAUUUUAAAUUGAUCCAUACAACCCUACUUCCUAACAUUUUAAACAUUUCCAGCUAUUUGUGAAGUAGUUAGAUAAUCUAAAUUAUAUACAUUGAAAUAGAGUUCUAGUACAUAAUUCAAGUAUCUAAAGCACCUAACCAAUAGAUUCUGAAAAAAUUUGUUUACUUCUUUUAUUGCUUUUAUCUCUACCUCUCAAACAGAAAACAGGCUGGAGGAGAAAAGAAGGCAUAGAUAGCACAAACAUUCUCAGUAGGAACUAUGCUUUUAAAAAGACAGUGGUCACAAACUGUUGCACUGCAAAUUUAGCACAUCAUGCAGAAUAUUCUAACAGAGUGCAUAUCCUCCACAAGCAGAACAGUGGAGUGUCAUAGAUAAAAACAGUGCAACUCCUGUUUUCACAUCUAUCUUUCCUUCUCCAAGCCUAACUUAGAGCGAUAAAUACAAAAGUAGUUAUAUCAACUGCAUAGAAAAGCAUUGCUUUACUCAAAGCGAACCAUUUGUUGAUACCAGCAAUGCCAACUGAGAUUGUUGUAACAUAUGCCUACAGAGAGCACCAUAUCCAGUAGUAACUCAGAGCUAAAAUAAUUUGGGAAUGAAGCUGAAAUAAUGAUAAACAGAAAUAAAAAAAAUACAGAAUUGGGUCCCUGAAAAAUAUUUUUGAAUUUAAGGGUAAAUGUGGCUUGACCCCCCCCCCCCCACAUUUUUCAAAAGGCAGUUUUCACAUUUGAUUACCAGUGACAAGACCCAGAGAGAAUUAGGAAUCUAGUCCUUUUUGGGGAAAGAGAGGUAAACUAACCUGUUCUGUCUGAAUAACUUCUCUUAAUGCAUAGGCUUGCAUUUCUACUAUCUUGUUAUGUUACUGUUUGGUAACUGUUAAAUCAACAUUUCUGCCCUUUAAUUCAUAUAAAUGAGCACACACAGGGUAUAUCCCAAAACCGAUAUCUUAAA